ACCUCGACGUCCUUAUCGUAGGAGCAGGCUUUUCUGGUCUCUACCAACUCCAGAUCUGUCGAAAACUAGGAUACAACUACAAAGUCUUCGAUGAUGCUGCGGAUAUCGGCGGUUAUGGUACUGGAACCGUUAUCCAGGUGCCAGAGUCGACAGCCCCACUCCCAUCUACUCGUUUUCCGCCGAAGAGCUCUGGAAAGAUUGGAACUGGACUGAGGGGUGGAGAAGUUCCGGGGUUUUGCCAUCACACGGGAAGGUGGCCUGAGGAGGGCGUUGACGUGAAGGGCAAGCGAGUUGCUGUAGUUGGUACUGGCGCCACCGGCGUUCAGGUCAUUCAAGAGAUAGGGCCAGAAGUAGGGCAUUUGACGGUCUUCCAACGCACUCCCAACUUUUGCCUUCCGAUGGGCCAGGCAAAGCUGGACGUGAAAACGCAAACAAAGCAGAAGCCACUAUACCCUACUUACUUCCGCUUCCGGAUUCAAACUGUCGCCGGAUUCCUUUAUAAUCCCUACCCCAAGGAUUAUACGUCCUCAACACCCGAAGAGCGUAUACUUCGUCAAGAAGAGUACUGGGCGAGAGGCGGAUUCCAAUCGAUUGGUGCAUUCAACGAUACGAGAAUCAAUCAGGAAUCAAACGAUGCUCUUUAUGCGUUCUGGCGGUCAAAGGUUCGCGCGAGGAUACGUGACCCGAAGAUGCAAGAAAAGCUUGCACCCAUGGUUCCCCCUCAUCCGAUUGGAGGGAGAGCUUCCCUGGAACAGACGUAUUACGAGGUCUUCAACCAGGACAAUGUUGAUCUGAUUGAUCUCAACGAGAAUCCAAUAGCUGAAUUCACAUCGAAGGGUAUUGUAACGGGGAUGGAAAGGAGCACGAGUUUGAUGUUAUCGUUCUCGCUACUGGAUGGGAUGGUGUCACUGGGGCGAUGA